AUGAAGAAGCUCCAGGGAGCUCACCUCAGCAAGCCCAUCAUCCCAGACCUGCUGAUGACCCCCAGUGACCAGGGCGAUGUAGACCUGGACGUGGACUUUGCCGCAGACCGGGGGAACUGGACAGGCAAGCUGGACUUCCUGCUGUCCUGCAUCGGCUACUGUGUAGGCCUGGGGAACGUCUGGCGUUUCCCCUAUCGAGCCUACACCAACGGAGGAGGCGCCUUCCUUGUGCCCUACUUCCUCAUGCUGGCCAUCUGCGGCAUCCCCCUCUUCUUCCUCGAGCUCUCUCUGGGCCAGUUCUCCAGCCUGGGACCCCUGGCUGUCUGGAAAAUCAGCCCCCUCUUCAAAGGUGCCGGCGCGGCCAUGCUGCUCAUCGUGGGCCUGGUGGCCAUCUACUACAACAUGAUCAUCGCCUACGUCCUCUUCUACCUCUUCGCCUCCCUCACCAGCAACCUGCCCUGGGAGCACUGUGGCAACUGGUGGAACACGGACCUCUGCCUCGAGCACAGAGGCUCCAAGGACGGCAACGGGGCCCUGCCCCUCAACCUCACCAGCACCGUCAGCCCCAGCGAGGAGUACUGGAGCCGCUACGUUCUCCACAUCCAAGGCAGCCGGGGCAUCGGAAGUCCUGGGCAGAUCCGCUGGAACCUCUGCCUUUGCCUGCUGCUUGCCUGGGUCAUCGUGUUCCUCUGUAUCCUCAAGGGUGUGAAGUCCUCAGGCAAGGUGGUGUACUUCACGGCCACGUUCCCCUACCUCAUCCUGCUCAUGCUGCUGGUCCGUGGAGUCACCCUCCCAGGGGCCUGGAAGGGCAUCCAGUUCUAUCUCACCCCGCAGUUCCACCACCUGUUGUCUUCCAAGGUGUGGAUCGAAGCUGCUCUUCAGAUCUUCUACUCCCUGGGUGUGGGCUUCGGGGGGCUCCUCACCUUUGCGUCCUACAACACGUUUCACCAGAACAUCUAUAGAGACACCUUCAUCGUCACCCUGGGCAACGCCAUCACCAGCAUCCUGGCUGGCUUUGCCAUCUUCUCCGUGCUGGGCUACAUGUCUCAGGAGCUGGGUGUGCCUGUGGACCAAGUAGCCAAAGCAGGCCCUGGCCUGGCCUUUGUCGUCUAUCCACAGGCCAUGACCAUGCUGCCUCUGUCGCCCUUCUGGUCCUUCCUCUUCUUCUUCAUGCUGCUGACUCUUGGCUUGGACAGCCAGUUUGCCUUCCUGGAGACCAUUGUGACAGCUGUUACAGAUGAGUUCCCGUAUUACCUGCGGCCCAAGAAGGCUGUGUUCUCAGGGCUCAUCUGUGUGGCCAUGUACCUGAUGGGGCUGGUCCUCACCACGGAUGGGGGCAUGUACUGGCUGGUCCUUCUGGACGACUACAGCGCCAGCUUCGGGCUAAUGGUGGUGGUGAUCACCACGUGCCUCGCUGUCACCCGGGUGUAUGGCAUCCAGAGGUUCUGCCGGGAUAUCCACAUGAUGCUGGGCUUCAAGCCGGGCCUCUACUUCAGGGCCUGCUGGCUGUUCCUGUCCCCGGCCACGCUCCUGGCCCUGCUGGUGUAUAGCAUCGUCAAGUACCAGCCCUCAGAAUAUGGCAGCUACCGCUUCCCAGCCUGGGCGGAGCUGCUGGGCAUCCUGAUGGGCCUGCUGUCCUGCCUCAUGAUCCCAGCCGGCAUGCUGGUGGCUGUGCUUCGAGAGGAGGGCUCGCUCUGGGAGCGGCUCCAGCAGGCCAGCCGGCCAGCCCUAGAUUGGGGCCCGUCGCUGGAGGAGAACCGGACAGGCAUGUACGUGGCCACGCUGGCCGGGAGCCAGUCCCCCAAGCCACUGAUGGUGCACAUGCGCAAGUACGGGGGCAUCACCAGCUUCGAGAACACGGCCAUCGAGGUGGACCGAGAGAUUGCAGAGGAGGAGGAAUCCAUGAUGUGA